CCACCCGAUCGGUCAAACGUUACAGUGCAGAGAGAGAGAAUGGGGCAAGGGAGCUCGAGACCAGGCGUAACAGACUCCUCUUCCGACGACACCGACGGCACGGCUUCUUCAUCGCGCUUGUCCCGUCUUAAGCAGCGCCUCCACAUUCAUCGCCCCCACCUCCACCACCACCACAGCGGCAGUGGUUCAGAUAACCAGCAAUCGAAGUUGCUAACGAAAAACGAUUUCGCUGGCAUAGCCCUCGUAAAACUCAUAAGUGCGGAGAUGGCAUUCGAGGACAAGUGGCUUGCUUGCAUUUCCUUCGGGGAACAGACUUUCCGAACUGGCGUCUCUGAUCACUCAAACAAGCCCAUUUGGAACUCUGAAAGGAAACUUCUCUUGGAAUUGAAUGGGCCUCAGGUUGCAAGGAUAUCUGUAUUUGAGACAAACAAACUGUCCAAGAGCAACCUGAUUGGUUACUGUGAAAUUGAUAUAUUUGAAUUUCUUACUCAGUCUGAACCAAUGAUCAGGCAUGGAAGUCAGGCCACACAGGCUUCUGAUUCUGACCUCAAGGUAUUUAAGUUGUUAGAUCCAUCUUCUCCUGAUAUUGUGGUUGGAAAGAUACAUUUUUCUUGUUUCAUUGAGGAUCCAAUUGAAACGGAAAAAAGUUUUGCAAGACGAAUCUUGUCUAUUGUGGAUUAUAAUGAAAAUGGAGAGCUCUCAUUCUCUGAGUUCUCUGCCCUCAUCAAUGCAUUUGGCAACCAACACGCAGUUGCUAAGAAAGAAGAGCUUUUUAAAGCAGCUGAUCAGAAUGGGGAUGGUGUAGUUAGCAUGGAUGAGUUGGCUACCCUUCUUGCCAUUCAUCAAGAGAAGGAACCACUAAUGACUUGCUGCCCUGUUUGUGGUGAAACUCUUGAUGUUUCAGAUAAGCUGAACAAUAUGAUUCAUUUGACCCUGUGCUUUGAUGAAGGGACUGGAAAACAGGUUAUGGCUGGGGGAUUCUUGACUGAUAAACAGGCUUCAUAUGGGUGGAUGUUUAAACUUAGCGAAUGGGCUCAUUUUUCCUCUUAUGGCAUUGGUUUGAAAUCUGGUUCAAGUGCUUCACACAUUGUGGUUUUUGAUCGGAGGACAAAGAGGCUAGUGGAGGAACUAAUUGAUGGAAAGAUUGUUCUCUCCAUGAGAGCCAUCUAUCAGUCUAAAUUUGGACUUGGCCUUAUGGACAAAGGAGCAAAAGAACUCUUGCAGAACAUUUCAGAAAAGCAGGGAAAGAAAAUGAACUCUACUGAAUCUGCUAAAGAUAUACCAAAGUUCAUUGAAUUUUUUAAGGAUCAAAUCAACUUGGCCGAUUGCAAGUACCCGUUGGAGCACUUUAAGACAUUUAAUGAAUUCUUCAUAAGAGAGUUACGGCCUGGUUCAAGACCAAUUGCUUGCAUGGAACGUGAUGAUGUUGCUGUAUGUGCUGCUGAUUGCCGUCUACUUGCAUUCCAAAAUAUUAAAGACAGUCUUCGUUUUUGGAUUAAGGGUCGAAAAUUUUCUAUUCAUGGUCUUCUGGGAAAAAGACAUGUUCCUGCUUUCAUGGAUGGAUCCUUGGUUUUAUUCCGGCUGGCACCACAGGAUUAUCAUCGAUUCCAUCUCCCAGUAUCUGGAACCAUUGAAAACUUCGUUCAUAUACCUGGAUGCCUGUAUACAGUUAAUCCUAUUGCCGUAAAUAGCAAGUAUUGCAAUGUAUUUACUGAGAACAAGCGGGUGGUAUCUAUUAUCUCAACAAGAGAUUUUGGAAAGGUAGCAUUUGUUGCAAUUGGAGCUACAAUGGUUGGCAGUAUCACCUUCACCAAAAAUGAGGGGGACUAUGUUAGGAAAGGAGAUGAGUUUGGAUAUUUCUCAUUUGGUGGAAGUACUGUCAUCUGUGUAUUUGAAAAGGGUACAAUAGAAAUAGAUGAGGACCUCUUGGCAAAUAGUGCAAGAUCACUUGAAACCUUAGUUUCUGUUGGAAUGACAUUGGGUGUAGCCACAAAGAAAACUCUUGAAUCUGGGUCACCAGACAUGGUGAAAUGUGUUUUACAGGAUUGAGAUUGCAUUGCUAUUCAGACUCAUUGUUAUCUUUGAACUUGGGUAAAUUUUAUACUGUAAGGCUAGGAGAAUUGUUGUGAAUAUACAGCGGACAGUUCUUUUCUUACUAAUCCUGUAGCAAGCUAAGCCCUCUGCAAGGAGGAGAUGCUCAUCUUCCUUUGCAAAGUUGGCCACCACAAUUCUAGAUGCUACUGUUAUGCUAAUCAGCAGGUAGUUGUCAGAAACAGUAGGCAUUGCCUAUCUCCACCUUCAUUUGUAAACCAAUGCACACUACCGAAUCCAAUCAUGUAAUAUUUAGAUGUCAUCCCCCUAUCUAGUAACAAGUUUCAGUUACCUCGUGACCUCUAAACUCCAUAUCGAACAUAGCUGUUUUGGUAUACUAGUAGACUAGCAGUUAAGUAUGGUGCAGUCUAUUAUGUAAGAAAAUUUCAUCACAUUGUAUAGAUAUAGACUACUGCAUUCUAUUCUUGCCGU